AUGAGGUCAAAGCAACAAGAGGAAAAAAGAAAGACAAUGAGUAGAUCACCAGACAAACUUGCCUUGCCUCCUCCUCCUUCAUCUCAUACCGUCUUUGUGGCUCUAAGUGGGAGCAGUAAAAACAAAAAUGUCGUUACAUGGGCACUUGAAAAAUUUGCCCCUCAAGGAAAUGUUGGUUUCAAGCUACUUCACAUUCAUCCAAAGAUUACUUCUGUACCUACACCAAUGGGAAAUGCAAUCCCUAUUUCCGAGGUACGAGAUGAUGUGGUAACUGCAUAUAGACAGGAAUUACUGUGGCAGUCUGAAGAAGGGAUUAAGCCUUUCAAGAAAUUGUUCGAGCGGAGAAAGGUUGCAGUAGAAGUUCUUGUGAUCGAAUCAGACAAUGUGGCAGCCGCGAUAGCUGAAGAAGUCACUCGGUAUUCAAUAGAGAGGCUUGUCAUUGGAGGCUCAUCGCGUAGCUUUUUCUCAAGGAGAGCUGAUAUGUGCUCGGCGAUAUCAGCUUUGACGCCAAACUUUUGUACAGUCUAUGUUGUUUCAAAAGGAAAAUUAUCAUGCGUCCGACCAUCAAACUCAGACGGAAAUGCAACCAUAAGAGAUGAUGGUAGUGAAAGAACUGAUUCCUCCAGCGGUUCUUCCGGUCCCACCUCAGAAUCAACAGAUGGAAUUUCAAGUGCACGUGAUGACUCUCAGUCUCGUGCUCUAUCCCUUCCGGUCAGGAGAUUGCAACAUUUCCCGACGGUUGCAAGACAAGCAUCGGUUCCGAUGGAGACGAGUUCUGUCGGCUCGGAUGAAACCAGGUGCAUGUCUCUGGAUGCAGAGGAAGCUAAAGAUGUUUCGAGUAUCAAUAGAAGCAGCACGGAUACUACAUCACGUUGGACUCCACGGCUUAGAGACUAUGAGGAGAGAAAAGACGCUAUGAGUUCUUCUUCUAGCAACCGAGAAUAUGGGAAUGUUGGUAGUAGGUUUAGCUGGACUGGCAUGAUGAUCGAUACUACUCACUCGCGGGCUUCUCAACAAGCUUCCAACAUGUCUGAUGCUCUAAGUGAACAAUCUUAUACAGAUAACCAGGUAAACCUAAGCUUUGAGGUUGAGAAGUUGAGAGCUGAGCUUAGACACGUUCAAGAAAUGUACGCUGUGGCUCAAACCGAAACCUUUGAUGCUUCUCGAAAGCUUGGUGAGCUUAACCAACGUCGGUUAGAAGAAGCCAUAAAGCUUGAAGAGCUAAAGCUAAAGGAGUACGAAGCGCGAGAGUUAGCAGAAAAGGAAAAGCAGAGCUUUGAACAGGCGAGGAGAGAUGCAGAGAGCAUGAGAGAAAGAGCGGAGAGAGAGAUUGCUCAGAGGAGAGAAGCUGAGAGGAAAUCCGCUCGUGAUGCCAAAGAGAAAGAGAAGCUUGAAGGCACUCUCGGGUCUCCUCAGCUGCAGUAUCAGCACUUCACUUGGGAAGAAAUCGUGGCUGCCACUUCAUCCUUCUCAGGCGAGCUCAAGAUUGGAAUGGGAUCUUUUGGAGCUGUUUACAAGUGUAAUCUGCAUCACACAACCGCAGCUGUCAAAGUCUUGCACUCCGCUGAAAAUGGUCUGUCCAAACAAUUCCAACAAGAGGUCAACAACAGUGCACCGCUCCCGUGGUUUGAGCGGGUUAGGAUAGCUUGGGAAGUGGCAGUGGCUCUUGUCUUCCUCCACAAAUCAAAGCCUAAACCGAUCAUCCACCGUGAUCUUAAACCGGCAAACAUCUUACUCGAUCACAACUUUGUCAGCAAAGUCGGAGACGUUGGGCUCUCAACAAUGGUUUCAGUCGAUGCUUUAUCAGCUAAAUUCACUGUAUACAAGCAAACAAGCCCCGUGGGAACAUUAUGCUACAUCGAUCCGGAGUAUCAACGCACGGGAAGGAUAUCAUCUAAAUCAGAUGUGUAUUCGUUUGGGAUGGUACUUCUCCAGCUCCUCACGGGGAAACCGGCUAUUGCACUGACACAUUUCGUUGAAAGCGCCAUGGACAGUAACGACGAGUUCCUCAAGAUCUUGGAUCAGAAAGCGGGUAACUGGCCGGUUGAAGAAACCCGGGAGUUAACCGCAUUGGCUUUGUGCUGCACAGAGCUACGCGGGAAAGAUAGGCCUGAUCUCAAAGAUCAGAUUCUCCCGGCGCUCGAGAGCCUGAAGAAAGUAGCUGAGAAGGCAAGGAACUCGAUCUCCGGUGUGCCAACACAGCCUCCAACUCAUUUCCUCUGCCCUUUGCUUAAGGACGUGAUGAACGAGCCGUGCGUUGCGGCUGACGGAUACACAUAUGACCGUCGUGCGAUAGAGGAGUGGCUUGAGGAGCACGACACGUCGCCGAUGACGGAUUCACCGUUACGUAACAAGAACCUUUUGCCUAACUAUACUCUUUACAGUGCCAUCAUGGAGUGGAGUUUCCUUCUCUUGUCCUUGUUUCCUCUCGCGUUUUCCGAGGAGAAAUCCGGCUCGCACAUGGUUCCGCGACCGUUGAUCUUCGAGACGCAGCUCAAGAGCGUCGACGACAAUGUGCAUUGCACGAGCUGGAGAUUCGCGGCGGAGACGAACAAUCUCGCGCCAUGGAAGACCAUUCCGGCGGAAUGCGCCGAUUACGUGAAAGACUACCUGAUGGGUGAAGGCUACGUCGUCGAUUUGGAGAGAGUCUCCGAAGAGGCUAGGGUUUACGCGAGCAGCUUCGAAUUUUCCGGUGACGGGAAGGAUAUUUGGAUUUUCGAUAUCGAUGAGACUCUCUUGUCGAAUCUUCCUUAUUAUCUUCAACACGGUUGUGGGCUGGAAGUUUUUAAUCACUCGAAAUUUGAUAAGUGGGUGGAGAAAGGUGUUGCUCCGGCGAUAGCACCAAGCUUGAAACUUUACCAAAACGUUAAAGAUUUGGGGUACAGAGUUAUCUUGCUUACAGGGCGGAGAGAGAACCACAGGGUCGUCACUGUCGAAAACCUGCUCAAUGCCGGUUUCCGUAACUGGGACGAGCUUAUUCUGAGAUCGUUGGAUGAUGAGAACAAUGCGACCAUUUACAAGUCAGAGAAGAGGGAGAAGAUGGUGAAAGAAGGGUAUAGGAUCAGAGGCAAUUCAGGUGACCAGUGGAGUGAUGUGUUGGGUCCUGCGAUGUCAGAAAGGUCCUUCAAGCUUCCAAAUCCAAUGUAUUAUAUCCCCUGA